CUCGGUGCCGCCGUUGCCGUCCGUUCACCUACCCACGUCCUGUUAGUACGUACGUAAUAAACGUGGCCAGCUGCCUUGCACGGAGCUCCUCCUACCAGGUACGCUCUACUUCGUUCAAAGUACGUUGGUUGUAAGUAGAAGUAGACCAACUACCUACUGUACGCUGUAGCUUUUUCAUCUGCCGAGCUUGGCUCACCUCGCUGGCCUGCCCUCCCCCAACCCAGCGAAUAUAUAUACCUAGUAGUAUAUAUCUCAGUUGGGACGAGGUAUCAGCACUCGCUCACCACAUCCAGCUACAUUGUAUAUCCAAGUUGCUCUUUUCCCUCCCCAUCCACAUCCCAUGUCGUCGUCAAGUGAAAUCGCCAGCGGGACUCCCGCGCAGCCGCAGCCGCAGCAGCAGCCGCAGCAACAACAGCAACAGCAACAAGAGGCACCGCCGUGGUGGGCGGCCUUCCCCGAACCAAAGGCCGCCUGCCCCCGCCUCGAGGCCGCCGACGUGAUGCAGCUGCUCGAGAGCCACGCCUCGCUCGGCGCACACAGCGACAGGAGCUUCCUGCUCGUCGACGUCCGCCGCGCCGACUGGGAGGGCGGCACCGUCGCCUCCUCCAUCAACCUCCCCGCCCAGACGCUGUACCAGACCCGCCCCGUCGUCUACCAGCUGUGCAGGCAGGCCGGCGUCAAGACUAUCAUCUUUUACUGCGGGAGCUCGAGCGGAAGAGGCCCCCGCUGCGCGGGCUGGAUGCAAGACUACCUCAACGAGAUGGGCGAGGCGAGCGUCACGGCCGCCAUCCUCAAGGGCGGCAUCAAAGGGUGGCAGAAGGCGUACGGCGGGAGGAUGAUGGACGCCUACGACCCAAAGUUCUGGAGCAGCAGCGAGGGCCCGUAAUGGUACCUAUUUUGCCCAGUCUUUUUUCCCCCUCUUUUCCCUUCGUCUCCGGUCGGUCUGUGUGCUUUUGGAAAGGGGG